AUGAAUAAAUGAUUAUUUUCUACAAAUCAUAAGGACAUUGGAACUCUAUACUUUUUAUUUGGGAUUUGAUCUGGAAUAGUUGGAAUAAUAUUAAGAAUAAUUAUUCGAAUUGAACUAGCUCAACCUGGACCAUUUCUAAUAAAUGAUCAAUUAUAUAAUGUAAUUGUCACUUCUCAUGCCUUUAUUAUAAUUUUUUUCAUGGUUAUACCUAUUAUAAUUGGAGGAUUCGGAAAUUGACUUCUUCCAUUAAUAAUUGGUGCACCUGACAUAGCAUUUCCACGAAUAAAUAAUAUAAGAUUUUGAUUAUUACCCCCUUCAUUAUCCUUAUUAAUAGUAAGAUCAAUAGUUGAAAUAGGGGUUGGUACAGGUUGAACUGUAUACCCCCCUCUUUCAUCAAAUGUAGCUCAUUCAGGACCAAGAGUUGAUUUGGCAAUUUUCUCAUUACAUCUGGCAGGUAUUUCUUCAAUUUUAGGGGCCGUAAAUUUUAUUACCACAGUUAUUAAUAUACGAACAAUUGGAAUAAAUUUUGACCGAACACCUUUAUUUGUUUGAUCAGUUUUAAUUACUGCGAUUUUACUUUUAUUAUCAUUACCUGUAUUAGCAGGGGCAAUUACUAUAUUAUUAACUGACCGAAAUAUUAAUACAUCAUUUUUUGACCCCUCAGGUGGUGGGGACCCAAUUUUAUAUCAACAUUUAUUUUGAUUUUUUGGUCAUCCUGAAGUUUAUAUUUUAAUUUUACCAGGAUUUGGAUUAAUUUCACAUAUUAUUACUCAGGAAAGAGGAAAAAAUGAAUCAUUUGGAUAUAUUGGUAUAGUAUACGCUAUAAUGUCAAUUGGUUUAUUAGGAUUUGUAGUAUGAGCUCAUCAUAUAUUUACUGUUGGAAUAGAUGUGGAUACCCGUGCUUAUUUUACUUCCGCAACUAUAAUUAUUGCAGUACCUACAGGUAUUAAAAUUUUUAGAUGAUUAGCAACAAUACAUGGUAUAUCAAAUGAUAUAUCAAUUUCAAUAAUAUGAUCAGCUGGAUUUGUUUUUUUAUUUACAAUAGGGGGUCUAACAGGUAUUGUAUUAUCUAAUUCUUCUAUCGAUGUUAUUUUACAUGACACUUACUAUGUAGUUGCUCACUUCCAUUAUGUCUUAUCUAUAGGAGCAGUAUUUGCAAUUAUAGCAGGGUUCAUUCAAUGAUACCCAUUAUUUACUGGUAUAACUAUAAACCCAAAAUGAUUAAAAAUUCAAUUUUUUACUAUAUUUAUUGGAGUCAACUUAACAUUUUUCCCUCAACAUUUCUUAGGCUUAAGAGGAUUGCCUCGACGUUACUCAGAUUACCCUGACACUUAUUUAACAUGAAAUUUAGUCUCAUCAUUAGGUAGAUUGAUUUCAUUAAUCAGAAUCAUAAUUAUAAUGUUUAUUAUUUGAGAAAGAAUAAUUUCAAAACGAAUAGUUAUUUCAUCAAAUAACAAUGCAAAUUCAAUUGAAUGAUUACAAAAAUUACCCCCAGAGGAACAUUCAUAUAGAGAAUUACCUAUAUUAACUAAUU